AAGGCUGACACACUUUCACCAGAUGAAAUCAAACAAAUUCUGAAUCACCCAUCAACAUCAAAAGAUAUACCCGAAGGUUUUUCUAGGAGACUUGAUAUAUGUGAUGAUAUGGUCAUUUUCACCAAAUUUCAUCAUAAAAAUGAUCAAGGUGGUCUUGAUGCAAUCAAUGAUGUAUGGUAUCUUGAUCAUAAAAUUGGAACUGAGAAAAUCAAAAAUUACAUAAAAACAAUAUGUUUCGAUGCUGUCAACCAUUCUGGUUGUGCUACUAGUCUAAAUUGGUUAUAUCAAAGUGGUGUCAAUGACACACAAGUGAUGACAAUCUCUGGUCAUAAAAGUUUCAAGGGCAUGGGAUCAUAUAUUGCACCCACUAUAUAUCAAAAAGCUAGUAAAAUAAGCAAUGUUCUUCAAAUGGUGUUAACAUCACAAGAGUCAUCAACUUCAAAUAAAACAUCUCAAAAAAAUACAGGUUCAGAUGAGCUGGAUGACAUGAGUGAUAAAGGUUGUAGUGUUAAAUCAUUAGGUAAAUUUACACAUGUUACUCAACCAUAUAAAAAUAAACCAUUUCACUCACCCUUAAGAGAAAUCAUCAAUGAUGCUAUCAAUAACAACACUCAAACAACAAAUAGAGAUCUUUUUAAUAAUAACAGCAACCAAACCAAUAAUAUUAAU